AUGGUACAGUAUGAGGGAAUGUCAAGUAACGAAUUGACGGCAAAUUGCAUCCAAUAUACGAUAGAGUGGAAAGUCACCGUGAAUAAGAAAGUGCUCUUGCGGGAUACUGAAGAGGACGUCGCCCUGACUCCGAGUGCCUACUGGCCGACGACCCUGAAGGGUAAGUUGGAAAAGUUGUUAGAUGGAAAGACCCCCGGUAAAGGAAGGGUAAAGUCGGACGACACCUCGAUCGUCGUGCCGGUGAAUGAUCGCUCCCAACGCGACCUGACGAAACGAUUUGACCAUCUCGACAUCGAUUGGACUGCCGUGGAAAAGCAACUGCUCAGGUGGGGCGAACUGUGCCGUCGAGGCAAGAAACUGAGGUUAAGUAUUACCUUUAAAUAUGUUGAGGACGACCGUCUCUUCAAAACUGCCUCAGGUAGGGUCGAAAAAAAGAGGAAGGUCAUCGGUCACUAA